CCUUUUAGCCGGUCUUCGCCUCGAGCCGCGCGUCCGCCACGUCCGCCGCGCCCCCGACACGCGCGGCACUCCGCACCGCGCCGCGCCCACUGUAAAACAUCCGCAAUCGUAGUAGAGUUUCGUUCCUUUUUUGACAAAAUGGGUCUGCCCAUCGACGUCCUCACCAACGACAAGUAUGGCAGGUACGCCGUGGCCAACAAGGACCUGGCGGCCGGCGAGGAGGUCAUCAACGAGUUGCCCGUGGUGGUGGGCCCCAAGCUCGACACGUACCCGCUGUGCCUGGGCUGCCUCGCCCCCGUGGACGCCUCGGCGCUGUGCUCGGCCUGCGGCUGGCCCGUCUGCGACGCCCAGUGCGAGAAGCUGCCCAUGCAUGCCGACAGCGAGUGCAAGGUGUUCCAGGCUUGCGGCGUCAAGUUCACGGUGCCCACGGAGGCCAUGGGCACCAGCCCCCAGUACGAGUGCCUGACACCACUGCGGCUGCUCCUGGCCAAGGACAAGGACCCCACGCUGUGGGACAAUGAGGUGAAGGUGCUGAUGACCCACGCCGAGAAGCGGAGGCAGAACCCGCAGUGGGGCGCCAACCAGGUCAACGUCGUGGACUUCCUGAGGAAGAAGUGCAAGCUGGAGUCGAGGUUCUCGGAGGACGACAUCCACCAGGCCAUCGGCAUCCUGGAGGUGAACGGCUUCGAGGCGCGGGCGCAGAGCGGCUCCAUGGUGCUGUGCCUGUACCCCAAGACGUCCAUGCUCGCCCACAACUGCGUGCCUAACACCGUGCACUCCAUCGCCCCCACCAACGAGAAGGGCGAGCGCUACAGGAUUGUGGUGAGGGCCGCGCUCCCCAUCCCCAAGGGCGCCACACUGUACACCUCGUACGCGCACACCCUGGACCCCACCAUGCUGCGCCGCGAGCACCUCAACCUCAGCAAGUUCUUCGAGUGCGACUGCGCGCGCUGCGCCGACCCCACCGAGCUGGGCACGCACAUGAGCUCCCUCAAGUGCACCAAGUGCGACAACGGCAUCAUCCUGGCCAGCAACCCCCUCGACCCGUCGGCCGCCUGGAAGUGCAACGGCUACAACUGCGGCAACACGCUGCGCGGCGACCAGGUGCGCCGAGUGCUGGCCGUGGUGCAGGCCGACCUGGAGGCCGCGGACCAGGGCGAGGGCGACGCGCUGCUCGGCCCCGUGGAGGCGCGCGAGAAGCUGCUCAAGCAGUACAAGUCCGUGUUCCACCCGCGCCACGCGCUCGUGCUGCAGCUCAAGCACGGCCUGGCGCAGAUCUACGGCCGCGUGGACGGCUACUCGCUGGACGAGCUGCCCGACAUCCUGCUGGAGCGGAAGAUGGAGCUGUGCCGGGAGAACCUGGCCGCCCUGGACGUGGUGGCGCCCGGCAUGUCCCGCAUCAGAGGCCUGACGCUGUACGAGCUGCACGUGCCCAUGAUCCUGCACGCGCGCAGCCGCUUCCAGGCCGACCUGCUGAGCGACUCGCAGCUGCGGCAGGAACUGGCGGCCGCGGCGGCGGUGCUGCGCGAGGCGGCAGACAUCCUGUGCCUGGAGGACCCCACCACCCCCGAGGGCUCCGUCGGCCUCAUGGCCAGGGAGUCCCUGCUGCAGCUCCAGGCCUCCAUCGACUCUCUGCCGGUCUGAGCACGGCGGAGCACGGCCACCAGAGACAUCUACUUUAUUUCAUUUAUUUUAAUAUAAUUUAAAG